AUGGCGCGGCUGUACGCCGCCUCCAGUGGCCAGCAGCAACAACAGCAGCACCUCAGGGUCACCGGGGCGCGCCUCGCCGCCUUCCGCCGCAACAGCAGCGUGCUAGUGGCCUAUGCACUUGGUGUUCACUUAUCUGCGGGCGACCGGACGGCCAAAAAAACUUCGAAUACAUUGGCCAAAGUAGCAGAAGGCGGUGGAGGCGGCGGUGGCGGCGGAGACAAGUCUCCGUCGCCCACGUACGAGGACAACGGCGGCGGCGCUGCAGCCUCCGGGGGCGGCGCUUCUUGUGGAACUGGGGGCGGCAGCGGCCGGCCCAAGCUCAUCUCGCGCAUGGGCAAGCGCAACAUCAAGUCCCAGGUGAAGCGGUUCCGCAUGGAGACGAAGGCAGCGAAGACGCUGGGGAUCAUCGUGGGCGGCUUCAUCGUGUGCUGGCUGCCGUUCUUCACGAUGUACGUGGUGCGCGCCUUCUGCACCGACGCCGAGUGCAUCCCGGCGCCGGUCUUCUCCGUGCUCUUCUGGCUCGGCUACUGCAACUCCGCCAUCAACCCCUGCAUAUACGCGCUCUUCUCCAGAGACUUCAGUUCCAGUGAGUCUGCAACUUUUGAAGACUUCACCAAGUGGUGGGCCAAGUGA